GCAUGCGCAAAACCCGCAAGGUAGCAAUUUUUGAUGGGUUGCAAAUUUUGUCAGAACACCGGACUCCGGAGACGACGCACUGAUGCUUCCGGUUGAAGCUACGGUACCGACCGUCGAAAGAAUCCGCUUCUUGGUCCUCUCGCUCUUGUCAUCUUCGGUGUCGAAAUCAAAAGUGUACAAGGUCCUUGCUUCGUCAGAGAAAGCAGAGCAGCUCCUAUUAUGGUGUAAAUCCCAGGAACAUGAGGCUCCUGAAACACAGAUGUGCGUUUCUAUUAGGGGCAAUCUUCUGUUUGCUAUGUCUAAUGAUCGUUUCGUCUCGAUCUGGGAAAGAAGCACUUCAACCUCUGGAUUGGCAUGUCAGCCCUGAGUAUAAAAAGCUAGUUCACCAACAUGUCCACAAAGUAUUGAGUCAUAAAUGUACCCGCGGAAGCACCAGGCAGGGUUUUCUGGCUCAACUCCCCACCUCCAGUCACAUGACCCAACCAUUCUUGUGGAAAAACACAACACUUUCAAAGAACCUGUACAAGUAUCCACCUCCCUUUGGGUUCAGAGGUCUUAUGGGGAAAAUACCUGCGCUGCUUCAACAGCUACCGGAGCCCAAUGAAGUACCACAGUUUAAAAAGGAUCCUAAUAAAUGUCAGCGCUGUGUGGUUGUUGGAAAUGGAGGCAUUCUGAAAGGUCUGGAGCUUGGACCUUUAAUUGAUCGUUUUGACACCAUUAUAAGAUUGAACAGUGGUCCCUUGGGAGAGUUCAUUGCUGACGUUGGGAAUCGAACCAGCAUCAGGAUGAGUUAUCCAGAAGGCACACCCUCUCCCUGGCUUGACACAGACCCAGAAACCGUGUUUGUAGCCGUGGUGUAUAAAGGUGUAGAUGUCAGCUGGAUCUCCACAAUGAUAAAUAAGCUCACAGUGCCUUUGUGGGACUGGCUAUUCUUCUGGCAUGAUGUUCCAGAAGAAAUCCCCCUUGAACGCAACAGGAUCAGAGUCUUAAAUCCACUUGUCGUCAAAGAGACUGCAUUGGAUUUACUAAAAUUCUCCCCACCAACAACCCGCUUGUGGGGCUGGGACCAGAAUGUACCUACCCUGGGCAUCUCUGCGCUGGAUUUAGCUAGUUUACUAUGUGACGAGGUGAGCCUCGCAGGCUUUGGCUACAACUUGUCUCAAGAAAGAGCUCUCUUGCAUUAUUAUGAUCAGCUGUCCAUGAGUGCCAUGCUUUGGCAGAAGAUGCACAAUGUGAAUGAGGAGACCAAAGUGCUUAAAAGCCUCAUAAGAGAGGGAACCAUCACUGACCUAACAGGGGGUGUUCACUGCUCUUUCUGCCCCUGAUUACCUCCAAACUACAUAUGGUAUCUUUAGUUUCUGUUAGUUUUUUAGGCAAUGCCGACUGACAGAAACAUUGAAAGAUUAUUUGUUGAAAUGUUUCAACAAAUUGUGUAAGCUUGUGAGUAAUGCUAUUGGAAAAUAUGUUGGCGUUCUUCCAAACCGCUUUAUGAAAGGGGGGAAAAAACCCUAACGAUUUCUUUUCCAUAGAUUCCAGCACUUUAAUUUUUUGAAUAAUUAUGAAGUGACCACUGACAUAAUUUCUCCCUUCAUUUAUAAUAUAUUUUUUUUCUAUCUAUACAUGAACACAUUCCUUUACCAGACAACCUCCAGUCAAAAAUGAAAACUAUUAUGUGCUUUAAUGUUGUUAUUCUACUAAAUUUUAGGUUGUAAUUCAGUUUUUGUCUGAAAUGGUAUUUGUGAGAAACAUUUAAAUAGCAGUUUUGAUAACAUUUAGUAAGACGGGCCAAUAGAAUGGAAUUGUACUCAGCAACUUUUUAAAAAUUUUUUAAAUUUCAGUCAAAAUGCUUUGUCCAAGCUAAAUUCAUUCAUUAAAAUUAGAUAAAUCUGGGACACAAUUUCUUGUAAAAAGCUACUGAAAAGGAGAACCUAUGUUGUUCCAAGAGCCUACUGUGUGUGAAUUAAUGGAUAUGAAAUCUUCAAGCAUUCGCUCAGUAAUAUGUACAGUUUAUAUUUAGGCCAUCACUAUCUAGAGCUCACUUGACAUUUAUCUUCUGUCAAUUGUCCUUUUACCUUCCAAAAAGAUGACUGAAUAAGUGGUGUGUGAAAAUUGUCUUGUCUUUUAUUUAAAACAUGUUAAUGUAUGAAUAACAUUUUGUUUUGGGGCAGUUUGCUCUAUGACUUUAAACUUCAGGGAGAUGGCUACCACUUGUGCUUCGUUUUUAUUCAGAUUUGAAAACGUCAUUGGUCUCAUUAGUAGACAGUCUAAACUACACAUGCUCAAAAGUGUUGGAGCUCCGUUUGAGGCAGCAUUGCUUAGAGGGCGAAUAUUGAUUCCACCAACCCAGUGGUUGUGGGUCUGGUUCUGCCACCCUGUUGACCAUGUUGAAGUAUCCUUGAGCAAUUUACCGAACCACACAUUGCUUCUGAUGCUGGAUCAUCAGUAGGAGAAUGAGGAAAUUGUGUUUUGAGUAUCUUGAAAGUAGAAAAGUAAGAUACAAAUGUAAGCCCAUUUACCGAGUUGUAACUUGUAACAGAAAAACCUACAAUAGUUGCAGAAAAAAAUCAGUUUGUCCACCAAAUGGUCAUUCUUGUCGAGGCUUGUUUAGUGUAUUUGUUUUUUUAAAAGCAACAUUGUCUGAUUUACAUUUGUUAGUUUUGUAAAUUUGUAAUUUAUUUGUGUAAAUUGUCUCAUUUUGUUGAGUUCUACCAAUACUUUAGAGCACGUGUGCACAUUCCAAUGUACUUUCAUGCACGAAUUACAAUUUGUUAAAUACAUGAUACUCAUACAUCAUACUAUGUAUGAACUGUUUAUUUUCACACACUUAUACACUGUUCUUUUUUUUUACCUAAUUAAAUUGAUCUUGAAUGUC